UGCCAACCAUUGGCUGUCGCUCUAAGUUUGCAGCCAUAGCAAGAUUUCAUUUCGGCUCAAUCGGCCCGUCCGAGCCACCGCAAAACAUCCCAUUCCCGCCUCAAAUAGCCAGGCAGGUGAGAUUCUAGUCAUACACAGAUAAUUAUGUCGCCGUAUUCCGAAGCCAUAUAUCUUUGGACAAAAUGUUGCGCUGGGAUGACUUCGUCGACGACUAUCCGUGGGUGGCAAAGGUCGUCUCAGCACGUAGGUAUUUGCCGCCAUUGAACUUCAUCACCAUCCACUAUGCCUACUUCUCCGUCGUGUGUUUGAUUAGCUCUGUCAUUUUCUGGCAGUCGUCGGACCCUGCCUCGGCCAUCAGCUACACCGAUAGUCUGUUCCUCGUGGUGUCUGCCAUGACCGAGGCCGGAUUGAACACAGUCAACCUCAGCAUCAUGACGACCUGGCAGCAGACGAUGCUGUUCCUCCUUAUCAUGCUGGGCAGCACCAUCUGGGUCUCUAUUUGGACAGUGAUGGCGCGCAAACACGUCUUUGAGAAGCGCUUCGAGCGUGUCGUGCGUGCCGAGCGCGCCCGCAGGCUCAGCCGACAGAAUAGCAGCAUAUCACUCGCCCUACCGAAGCUGUGGAAGGCAGUCUCAUUCCGCAAGGCGCAGACCGUCCCUCUGCCCGACCAGAUUCUACCAGCGACAGGAAGGAGAGCAUUGGAUCCUGUCGUAGACGGGCCGCAGAUUCACAAGGAGACGCCAAGAUCUCAGCAUGCUUCGUCCUUACCCGAUGCCGACCUCGUGGGGCUAUUCAAGACUUCGACGGAGCCAGCCAAGGAUUUAGCGGAGCCGCCCAGUCCCGGCGGACACAUUGUCUUUGUCGACGCUCCGCAGAGGGCCGUGGACAACAAUGCCACUUCUACCGGCACUUCCUACUUCGACGAGAUCCAGCCCACGCGGAGAAACGGCGCCGCCAAGACGCUCGGGGACCACGCGAAUGUCGAUCUCGGCAUACAUCAUUUCCUUAGGAGCCACUCCUCGAAUCACAACGGCCAGUUUCAUAGCCUCACAAGCGAGGAACGUGAAAAUCUCGGCGGGUGCGAGUACCGUGCCCUGAAAGUCCUUGCAGCCGUGGUGCCCAUCUACUUCUUCCUGUGGCAGUUCCUAGGAUGCAUCGCGCUUGGGGCAUGGAUAAGCAAAAACAUGCCGGAUACUGCAAAAGCGAACGGCAUCAACCCGUGGUGGCUCGGCAUCUUCAACGGCGUCUCAGCCUUUAAUAAUUCGGGCAUGUCGCUCCUGGACGCGAACAUGAUACCAUUCCAGAACUCCUACUUCGUCCUCAUUACAAUGGGCCUGAUGAUCCUGGCCGGCAAUACUGCCUACCCUCUCUUCCUCCGCCUUAUUAUAUGGACGGGCCUCAAGCUCUUGAAAGCCGUAACCAAAGAAGAUGCCUUUGAGGAACUCAAGGCCACCCUCGAGUUUAUUCUCAAGUACCCUCGACGAGUCUACACAAACCUAUUCCCGUCUCGUCCGACCUGGUGGCUUUUCUUCAUGCUCGUGUCGUUGAAUUCCAUUGAUUGGGUCGCAUUUGAGCUUCUGAAUCUCGGAAAUCCAUUUAUCGAGAGUCUUUCUGUAGGCUCUCGCAUCAUUGACGGCCUUUUCCAGGCCCUCGCCGUCCGGUCUGGUGGCUUCUAUAUCGUGCCCAUCUCCCAGCUCUAUAUCGGCCUCCAGGUGCUCUAUGUUAUUAUGAUGUACAUUUCCGUGUACCCCGUAGUCAUUACGAUGCGCCACUCCAACGUCUACGAGGAGCGUUCGCUCGGUAUCUAUGGUGGUGAUGAGUUAUCCAACUUCGAUUCCGACCCCGAGGCAGUCUCUCCGCUGCUCUCGCCUAAUAGCCACAACUCCGCCCAGGCUUCGAACACCAACGGCGUGCUAUCGAAAGGCUCAACUCUUGUUCGCCGGCUGAGCCGCUCCAGCGCGGCCGUCGACGUCGGGCACGCCUUGCAGCGCACCUUCACCUGGCACGGCGUCGGCGUCCCGCCCAUGAAGCGCGGCAACAAGCCCGACGACGGUCCCGCAUCGUCUCGCCCGGACCGCAGCAGCAACACAAACAGCCGCAUUAGUUUCAUCAGCCAGCAGAUUCACGGGCAGCUAGCACACGACAUCUGGUGGCUGGUGGUGGCAGUCCUAGUGAUCACCACGAUUGAAACCUCAAACUUCAUGGCGGAUCCAAUCACAUUUUCCGUGUUUAAUAUCAUCUUCGAGGUCGUGUCUGCGUACGGCACGGUAGGCAUCUCCGUAGGGAUCCCGACAGCUGCGUAUAGUUUCUCUGGAGCGUGGCAUACUGCGAGCAAGCUUAUAUUGUGCCUCGUCAUGCUCCGUGGCAGGCAUCGCGGGUUGCCGGUCGCGUUGGACCAGGCUGUGAGACUACCGGGGGAGCAGCUACAUCACGAUGAAGAGCAGGAUCAUCGGAUACGGAGAAGUAUGACGAGAAGAAGAAUGGAUUUAUACUCUUCGGGGCCAUAGGCUUGAGAGGUGCGAUGUGGCCUGAAUCUCGAAUCAAGGAAUUUUAAAAAUCAACUCUCCAUGUACUCGCAAGUCUCGAUGUUAGGUCGGUAGGACUGUUACCAAGGCACUAUAAUAGAGUAGGGCAACCUAUGCAUUUGAUACAGAAGUCCCACCUUUACUUAUAACAGUAACAGUCAAAGUUUUGUCGAAGACACACGUCAUUUGUUAUGACAACCUACCAGUGGACAACUCACCCCAGUGUUAUCAAAGCAUUCGGUAGAUUGCAUCGACGCCUGCAAUAUGGGGUUAAAUAGUCAAGAAAC